CACGGAGCAGCCCUCCUGGGGUCCCCGGGAGCCGCGGCCCGCUGUGCUCGGGCGCCUCGGCAGCAGCGUCCGCGGCCGCGGUGGGCGCGCGGUGACCCGGGCAGCCCCAGCCGCCGGCGGCAGCGCGGUCGCCUCGGUGCGCCCGCGGGCUGCGGACACCGGGGGGCGGGCGGGGGCCGGCGGCCGAGGCGCUGCGGGAGGGCUGCGGCGCGGGUCCCGCGGCGGCCGCGGGGGAGCGCGCGCUGGUUGCUGGGCGGCCGCCUCUCGCGGGCUCGGCCGGCGCUCCGCGUCCCCGCUGCGCGCCCGCCCCCCGAGCGCCCGCUCCGGGCCGGCGGGGGCCUCGGCGGCGCGCGCGCGCGCGCGGGGCCAUGGUCGUGGCCCCCUGACGGGCCGCGGCCGCCUCCAUGAAGCGAAAGAGCGAGCGGCGGCCGAGCUGGGCCGCCGCGCCCCCCUGUUCGCGGCGCUGCUCGUCGACCUCGCCGAGCGUGAAGAAGAGCCGGAGCUCCACGUCGCAGGACCUGCACCGCCUAGACCUCCAGGAUGACCUGUACCUGGACAUCACGGAUCGCCUUUGUUUUGCCAUUCUCUACAGCAGACCAAAGAGUGCAUCAAAUGAACAUUAUUUCAGCAUAGAUAAUGAACUUGAAUAUGAGAACUUCUACGCAGAUUUCGGACCACUCAAUCUGGCAAUGGUUUACAGAUAUUGUUGCAAGAUAAAUAAGAAACUCAAGUCCAUUACAAUGAUAAGGAAGAAAAUUAUUCAUUUUACUGGCUCUGAUCAGAGAAAACAAGCUAAUGCUGCUUUCCUUGUUGGAUGUUAUAUGGUUAUAUAUUUGGGGAGAACUCCUGAAGAUGCCUAUAGAAUAUUAAUCUUUGGCGAUACAUCCUAUAUCCCUUUCAGAGAUGCUGCCUACGGAAGCUGCAAUUUCUACAUCACUCUUCUCGACUGUUUUCAUGCGGUGAAGAAGGCAAUGCAGUAUGGCUUCUUAAAUUUCAACACAUUUGACCUUGAGGAGUACGAACACUACGAAAGAGCAGAAAAUGGAGAUUUAAACUGGAUAAUACCAGACCGCUUCGUUGCCUUCUGUGGACCUCACGCAAGAUCCAGACUUGAAAGUGGUUACCACCAACAUUCUCCUGAGACUUACAUUCCAUAUUUUAAGACUCAUAAUGUCACUACCAUUAUUCGUCUGAAUAAAAGGAUGUAUGAUGCCAAGCGCUUCACGGAUGCUGGGUUCGAUCACCACGAUCUUUUCUUUGCCGACGGCAGCACCCCAACCGAUGCCAUUGUCAAAGAGUUUCUGGAUAUUUGUGAGAAUGCCGAGGGUGCCAUUGCCGUGCACUGUAAAGCCGGCCUUGGUCGCACAGGCACUCUGAUAGCCUGCUACAUCAUGAAGCACUACAGGAUGACAGCCGCCGAGACCAUCGCAUGGGUCCGCAUCUGUAGACCCGGCUCUGUGAUUGGGCCCCAGCAGCAGUUCUUGGUCAUGAAACAAGCCAGCCUCUGGAUAGAAGGGGACUACUUUCGGCAAAAGUUAAGGGGGCAGGAGAACGGAGCACAUCGGACAGCGGCUGCCUUCUCCAGACUCCUCUCGGGUGUUGAUGACAUUUCAAUAAAUGGUGUGGAGAAUCGGGACAAGCAGGAACCUGAACCGUACAGCGAUGAUGAGGAAAUCAGUGGAGUGACACAAGGUGACAGACUCCGGGCCCUGAAAAGCAGAAGACAAUCAAAAACUAACACUAUCCCGCUCACAUGCCCCCUAGCUGUGCUGACCUCGGCCCUGUGUGGUGUGGCCGUCUGGUGGAUUGUGUGUGACUACAUUCUUCCCGUCCUCCUCUUCUGUCUCGAGGGUCUCAGAGCACAGUAGCCAGCGGGACCCUUUGACAGGUGGCUGCUUCCCUCUCUGUCAAGGACUAAAACAGUCCUGCGCUAAGUUAAAAACCCGUGACCAGAAGUGCCGGAGACUCUGGGAACACAAAACUCCGACAAGACGUAGCACAAUUUCUUUGAGAACAAAACAAACUGCAGACGCCUUAGCCGCUUUCCACCCAAGAAGCUCGUUCGGAGAAGGAAAGACCCACCGGCGUCUGGUGCCACUGAGCCCGGGGUGUGGGCGGCGCGCGAAGGGCCCGGCUCUCCUUUCUCUAGUGUUGUCUCGAGUUAAACCACAGAACACUGUUGUAACCCCAGCUCAGGUGUCAGUCGCCGCCUCUGCCGUCCAGAGAGCUGCCCGGUGUGUGUGGCCUAUGUCCCCAUGACCGCAGUCCCCUUGGCUGCUGGCCUUCAGGAGAGCGGAGCAUCUGAGGGUGCACCUUGAUGCCUUGGUCUUCUCCUGCCCCGCAGCCCCGCGGCCCCGCAGACGCCUGCGUGGUCCUUUCCACACGGGAUGCUGUUCAGUUCCCCGUCCUCCCUUUUCCCUUUGACAUACUGUUGUGACGUUCCCUCUGUGAAGUACCCAAGCUGCUUGUCUUCCACCAAAGAGUGCUUUAUUACUAGAACCUGUGAAAGCCACACCUGCACACUGUCGCACGCUG